AGGAAACACCGAACCUAGAGACAUGGGAGUUCGAGGAGCCUUCCACCUUCUUCUUGUGUGCCUGAGCCCAGCACUGCUGUCCGCUGUGCGGAUCAACGGGGAUGGCCAGGAAAUCCUGUACCUGGCAGAAGGUGAUAACGUGAGGCUGGGCUGCCCCUACAUCCUGGAUCCCGAGGACUAUGGCCCCAAUGGGCUUGACAUUGAGUGGAUGCAGGUCAACUCAGACCCCUCACAUCGAGAAAAUGUGUUCCUUAGUUACCAGGACAAAAGGAUCAACCAUGGCAACCUCCCACAUCUGCAACAGAGGGUCCGCUUUGCAGCCUCAGACCCCAGCCAGUAUGAUGCCUCCAUCAACCUCAUGAACCUGCAAGUUUCUGACACGGCUACUUAUGAGUGCCGGGUGAAGAAGACCACCAUGGCCUCCCGGAAGGUCAUUGUCACUGUCCAAGCACGGCCUGCGGUGCCCAUGUGCUGGACUGAAGGCCACAUGACGCAUGGCAAUGAUGUGGUGCUGAAGUGUUAUGCCAACGGGGGCACUCAGCCCUUCUCCUACAAGUGGGCCAAGAUCAGUGGGCACACUCACCCCUACCGUGCUGGGUCCUACCACUCCCAGCACAGCUUCCACUCUGAGCUCUCCUACCAGGAAUCCUUUCACAGUUCCAUUAAUCAAGGCCUGAACAACGGGGAUCUGGUGCUGAAGGACAUCUCCCGUGAAGAUGAUGGGCUGUAUCAGUGCACAGUGGCCAACCACGUGGGAUACAGUGUGUGCGUGGUGGAGGUGAAGGUCUCAGACUCCCGGCGCGUGGGCAUGAUCAUCGGCGCAGUGCUGGGCUCUCUGCUCGUGCUGGGCUGCCUGCUAGUGGGCAUCUGGGGGCUCGUCUGCUGCUGCUGCGGAGGCGCCGGGGCUGGCGGCCGCGGUGCCUUCGGCUACGGCAACGGCGGCGGGGUCGGCGGAGGGGCCUGCGACUUGGCUAGUGAGAUCAGAGAGGACGCCGUGGCGCCCGGGUGCAAGGCGAGCGGGCGCGGGAGCCGCGUCACCCACCUCCUGGGGUAUCCGACGCAGAACGUCAGCCGCUCCCUGCGCCGCAAGUACGCGCCUCCGCCCUGCGGCGGCCCCGAGGACGUGGCCCUGGCGCCCUGCACCUCCGUGGCUCCCGCCGACUGCGAAGCGGGCCCCUCCCCGGUCUACGUCAAGGUCAAGAGCGCCGAGCCGCCCGAGUGCGCCCAGGGCCGGCUGUCUUGCAAGGACGGGCUCGUGGUGUGAGCGCGCGCGCCGCUCCGGGCUGCGCCCCGGCGGGGAGGAGGGGAGGGGGCUCUCUGCCUGCAGCUGGGGACUGGCUUGGCGGGCGCCGACCCCAAGCCGCUGGGGGCUGAGGGCUUUUCCUUCGGGAAGUGUGGGAUGGCAGAGC